CGGAGCGAGUCCACAGGACAGUGAACCAUGCGAUACACUGGAUUAUUUAUAUCACUGCUUUCUUUUGUUUAUGCAUGGGAGAAUCUUGAGGCAGCUUUACCUCAUGUGAUGCGCUAUGAUGUGGUGCGACUCCGACCUCAAGCACUGAAAGAGCGAGCGAGGAGGAGCGCCUCUUCUCUCAAGAUAUAUCCUGAACAACUUGAAUAUGAUUUGGCGGUAGAUGGGAGGAACUUCACAAUUUCUUUGCACAAAAAUAGGGAGCUUUUAGGAAAACAUUACACCCUCUCACAUUAUACCAAAGAUGGGAUUUCAGAGACAAAGUCUUCAGACAAUAUUGAUCACUGCUACUAUCAGGGACACGUCCAUAAUUUUGAGGAAUCUUCAGUCAGUGUUGGACUUUGCUCUGGCAUGGAAGGGUUUCUGAGGGUCAAAAAUCAAGUUUACUUGAUUGAGCCCCUAGAAGAGUCUUUGGAUGGUGACCAUGCAAUUUAUAAGCAAGAGCAUUUAAGGACCAAGCAAGGGGCCUUUGGAUACAUUAAUGACACAGUCUAUAACCUUGGUCCAAAGUCUAGUGGGCUGUAUAAAGGCAAAAAUAUGAAAAACAAAGCCCCCAGAGGAGGACAGCAGAUUGUUGAGAUGGUUUUGGUUGUUGAUCAUACAGAGUACAACAAGUUUGGAAGUUUUAAGAAGAUUGAAGAAAGAAUGAUGUUGGUCGCAAAUCAUGUAGACAAGCUUUACCGGCCUUUAAACAUACGUGUCAGGUUGGUUGGACUUGAGAUUUGGUCUAAUAGAAACUUGAUUGAUGUCAGCAAUAUACCAAAUCUUACUCUGAGACGAUUUUUACAAUGGCGUCAAGAUAGCCUGCUCAAGAGGAAGAAGCAUGACAAUGCCCAUUUUGUUACUGCUGUAGAUUUUGAAGGAACAACAGUUGGGUUGGCCUCAGUGAAUGCUAUGUGCUCUCCAUCCUCUGGUGCUGUGAAUGAGGACCAUAAUAAAAAUCCCAUUGCAGUGGCUUCUACCAUUGCCCAUGAAAUGGGACAUAAUCUGGGCAUGUCACAUGAUGAUUCAAACUGUGCAUGCUCCUCUGACAAGGGCUGUGUUAUGUCAGACACCAUUGGGUAUGUUUACCCUGAUUCCUUUAGUACUUGCAGUCAAUCGUCCUUAAAGGAGUUUUUGCAGAGCUAUGACACCAGCUGUCUACUAGAUGUGCCAAAUGAGGGUGAACUAUAUGGAGGCCCAGUUUGUGGAAAUGCUUUUGUUGAAAAAGGCGAGGAAUGUGACUGCGGAACUGUUGAGGAAUGUAACAAUCCCUGCUGCAAUGCCACCACGUGUCGACUGACCGAAGGUGCCCACUGUGCACAUGGAGAGUGCUGCCACAAUUGCCAGCUGAAACAUUCCGAUAGCCUAUGCAGAAAGAGUGCUCACGACUGUGAUUUGGACGAGUACUGUACAGGAGAGUCAGCCUUCUGUCCUGAAGACGAAUACAAGAUGAAUGGACUCCCUUGCAAUUAUAAUCAGGGCUACUGUUACAAUGGACAAUGUCCUACACAUAAGGAGCACUGCAAGAUGCUGUGGGGAUCAGAUGCUGAAGUGGAUGCUGACACCUGCUUUCGUUAUAAUGUAUUUGACAGAACCUCCAAGAGUGCUGAGCACAUGAUGUGUGGGAAAAUAUACUGUAAUGGUGGGAAUCCUUUCCCCAUAACCAAUAGAAAAUCAACAGUAACUAUUAAUUCGAGAACCUGCUACAUAGCUGUAGAUUCCUCGCCCACAGAUGACUUAGGGAUGGUUCCAGCAGGCACCAAAUGUGGCAUUAAUAAGGUGUGUUACCACAACCUUUGCCAAGACAUUAGUAUAUACGGCUCUGAGGACUGCUCUGAUAAAUGCAACAAUCGUGGGGUGUGUAACCAUGAGAGGAAGUGUCACUGUGAUCCAGGCUGGGCACCACCCUAUUGUGAUGUUCAGUUCUCAGAACGUCAAAAAAUGAGAAAAAAAUCUGUGAUAAUUGGUGUGACUGCAUCUGUAGUCGUUCUUGGAUUGAUCAUUAUUAUUGGAGCACUUGUGUGUCACAGGAACAAAAUAACAGAAUUUAGAAAGAAAAGGUCUUUGAAGGACAUCCACACUUCCUCAGGCCAGUGUAAUCCGGCAUUCCAACCAGGAAGUGCAAAGAACAGCCCCAGAUUCACACAAUCACGCAUAAGUCAACCAACUUUCCUUGAGUCAUCCACUACUCUGGCCUGCAAACCUCUCUAUUCUCCAGCUACACCCUCUAGACCAGCACCAAUGCCUCCAAAGGAUGCACCACAAACUAGGACAGAACAGAUUGUGAAGCCUUCCGUACCACCUGCUGGUAUUUCCAGAAACAUUCAUCCUGUUCAGUUUCAGACAAAUCCCCUACUUCCACCAACUAAACCACUUCCUCCAUCAAGACCAUUGCCACCACUGGCAUCUAAACCUGUGACAAAAUCAAAACCACCUCCAGUGCCUCCUGUGAAGCCCACUGGGAUGCAGCCAGCAUUCACUCCACCUCAGGUAAUCCAGAAAGUUGCACUAAAACCUCCUGCUAAGCCCAGAUGAUCUGGAACAAUAUGAGUUACUCUUAAUCAUUGGGAGCUUCAGAAGAACCUUGGUUAACAAAACAUGGGCAGCAGUUUACGAGCUGAACAAAGCUUGUUGUUUUUUGUGGUAUAGCUCUGAAUAACAAGAUGAAGUUAAGGAGAAGGUAAAACAGAAUGAAAGAUUUGCACUGUAGGAAUCGCUUUAUACUUUCGGUACUACUUGUUUGUAAUUUCUUUUAUUGUAUUUUGGCUUUCUUUUUCUGUUUAUUUAUUUUAUACUGUAAUUUUAAAGAAUGUUAUUUGCAACUGUUUACAGUCCGUUCAGAUUGUGUCUCUAUGGAAGUCUACAGAGUUCCUCCUUUAAAGUCCACAUCACAUUGCUGCCUAAGUGGGGGAUCAAAGGGUCUCUCUUUGUUUUGUUUUUUUGCAGUGUAUUAUGGUGCAUUCAUUCUUGUUUAUGGAGCUUUUAUGUAUUUGCAAUUUUAUCUUGUAAUUGAGAUUUCAUUUUCAUUAUUUUGUGUAGAAUUUCUUGUUAUUUACCUUUUGAAAUUUCAAGAGGGGACCUGUAAAAAGGCUUGUGCCAUAUGGCCUUUCUGAAGCAUAAUCCGACCUUACUUUAGUCAUUUGCCUUAUUUACAAGUUUCUUACAUCUUCUUUGUUGUUUGGUUGUGAUCCUUGUGGUUUUUGCACUCAGACAAAGGCAAACAUUUUUUUGCCCACCAAAUAUUUAAAUUCAAAACGUGCAAUGAUCUCAGCUGGUCUGAUUUUACUCUUUAAAUAUGAGAAUGUUU